UGCACCCUUAAACCAAGUCUGCUCAUGCGCAGCCACAUUACCCGAUAUACUAAGUUCUGUAUAACUGUUAGUCACAUACUAACUAUACAUUUGUCUAUAACAUUGUGACAGGGUGGCUUUGUGAAUGACGUCAGACCAGAAAGGAAUACACAGAGACAGACAGUACUGGGGUUGAAACCGAAAACGCAAAUGGCAGCGCUCAGUAUUUUAAUAAACAAAUAAAUAAACGGUUGAACAAAACAGGACACGGCACUUGAGGCCAAAUAAAACAGACAAACAAAACGGACUAACACUUAAACGGUGGACGGACAGACAAACAAACAAACACGGGACUCUUCUUCAGAUAAAGCAUGGCUAAUACAGGGGAUGAGACGCUGGAGAUGGCAGCUCUCGGACGACCCUUCCAGCUGGGAAUGUUGUAUGACUGCCGGAAGGAUCGCCUCAUUCCAGGAAUUACUUUGUGGAACCCAGAAGAACUACAAGGCAGCAUAAAUGAAAGAUCCCAGCCGAUAACUGAGUUCAGAGUCACCGCCUCGGACUCCAUUGAAGAGAAGGCUUCUGCUUUGAAAGUGGACACUUCCCUGAAGGCGAGUCUCCUGGGGGGUUUGGUUAAAGUGGGUGGAGCUGCAAAGUACUUCAACGACACACAGAAAUCAACAAGACAAUCCCGAGUCACUCUGCAGUACUACACAACAACACGAUUUGAGAAUCUGACCAUGAAUCACCUGGCCAAAGAGAAAGUGUCUCACCCCAGCGUGUUUGAAGACAAGACAGCGACUCACGUGGUCACCGCUGUGCUGUACGGAGCUCAGGCAUAUUUCAUAUUUGACCAGCAGGUAUCCUCAGAGGAGAAGCAACAGGAAAUCCAUGGAAAAAUGGAGCUUGCAAUAAGUAAAAUACCUAAAAUUAAAAUGGAAGGUCAAGGCUCUAUUGACCUGGAGGGAACAGAAAAAGCUGAAGUUAAAAAAUUUGAAUGUACAUUUUAUGGAGAUUUUCAUCUUGAAUCUAACCCGUUGACUUACCAUGAUGCUGUGAAAGCCUACUCAACUCUUCCAGAAUUGCUCGGGGACAAAGGAGAGAACGCAGUGCCUGUGAAGGUCUGGCUGUACCCGUUAAUCAAGCUGGACUCCAGGGCUGCCAAGCUGGAAAGGAACAUAAGUGACUACUUGGUAACAUCUAUGCAAACUGUUUUAGAGCAAUUUAAUACAAUUGAAAUGCAAAGCAACGACAUGAUAAAAGACAUUGUUACCCAAACGUUUCCUGAAGUCAAUGAGAAGAUUCAACAACUGAAACAAAGCGACACGCAGUACAAGCUGAAUUUCAUGAGCAAACUGUACGCCAUGCUGCCUUCCAUCCGCGGAGGUGUGCAAAAGGAAGAGUCACUCAGAAAGAUUUUAAACAAUCACGAAGAGUCCCCUUUUAACUUUAAAGCACAACAUGCUUGGCUGAACAGCAAAGAAAGAGAAAUCAAUGCAGUGAGACGUUGUCUUACUAUUUUAAAAGACAUACAUGUAUCUUCUGUGAAUGAGCUAGAUGAGGAAGAAUUAAACAAUGAGACUGAAAAUAUUGUUUGCUUUACCUUCACCUCACUGCACGAGCCAGAACCAUAUCUGGAAGAUCUAAAAAACUACCUUGAAACCCAAGCGAGUAAGAACACUCAAAGUUCAACUCUUAGUAAAUAUUUGCAUCAAGAGAGCAAGCAAUGGGUGAGCAACGAGACUAAACUGAAGAUAAGAAUGUAUUUGAAGGUAUUCCAGGAGUUAGUGAACAUCAACAGGGAGAAUAAGAAAACAAAGUUUUUCAUAGUGUCUAAGGAAGACCAGGAGUUUCCUGGAGCCUGCAUUCUCCUGUUUGAAAAUGGAGCAUCGAAAUACAUACAUUUCAAGAUCCCAUCAAAACCUGACGUCCCUGAGGUCUGUGAUGUCACCCAUGACAGUGCGACUCUGAAGGUGGUGCCUCCCAGUAGUGAUGCUGAUCAGAAACUAAAAUACCAUCUGGAGUGCAUUAAUCAGAAGGAAUGGGCAAUUCAAUCCAGCACUGAUAAAACAGAGACCCUCACUGUAUCAGGCUUGCAACAGAACACAGAGUAUGAAUUUAGAUACACAGUGGAAGGGAAGUUGGGGUAUUCUGUGAGCAGUGACACAACCAGCAAAGUCAAGACAACAAGCUCACUUACACAAGCCACAGUGAAUGAAGUUGCAGUUUACAGUCUGCAGGCUCCAGACCCAAGUAACAGAGCUGAGUUUUUAAAAUAUUCCUGUCAGCUCACACUGGACCCCAACACAGCGCAUAGAAUCCUCUGUCUGUCUGAAGGGAACAGAAAGGUGACAUGGAGGAGAGAGACCCAGAGAUAUCCUGAUUACCCAGAGAGAUUUGAUUACUAUCCCCAAGUGCUUUGCAGAGAGGGUUUGUCUAGGACUCGCUGUUACUGGGAGAUUGAGUGCAGUGGUAGAGGGGCUGAUAUAGGAGUCACAUAUAAAGGAAUCAGCAGGAAAGGAGGGGGUCGUUCUGGUCUCCUUGGAUACAAUGACAAGUCCUGGAGUUUGGAAUGCUCUGAUUCCAGUUACACUGCCCGGCACAAUAACAAUUUCACUGCAAUAACUGCCCCCCGCUCCCCCAGAAUAGGAGUGUAUCUGGACUUUAAUGCUGGCACGCUGUCCUUUUAUGGCGUCUUUGACACAAUGACCCUCCUGCACAGAUUCCUAACCACAUUCACUGAGCCGCUCUAUCCUGGGUUUUAUAUUUAUUCUGAUUCCUCUGUAACAAUCUGCCAGCUGAACUAGACUGUUUUGUGUUGUAAGAAACCCUUUGUAUUGAACUCCCUGUCUGUCCUCUCCACUCCUCGGGUGAAGGGAAUGUUCAAUCUGACACAACUUUAGAUGAAAGUUAGGGGGUAAAACGGCGCCACCUGCAGAGCGAAACGAGGUGAAUUAUUUGUUUUUAGCAACGAAUGGAUUUCAUACGAAAUAACUGCAUUUAAUUUCUUUUUUAAGAAUUGUUUUAUAUAUAUAUAUUUUAAAAAAUCCAAUAGCAUCCAAUAGUCAGUGCUGUAAGAGUUUUUUUUUAAAAAAGUGAACUUAAGUUUGCUUUAUUGUGUGUGUGUUUUUGUUCUUUG